AUGUUUCGACCAGCUCUCGCCUUAGCUCUCGUUGCAGCCGCGUCGCUCUUUCCGAAAACCCGUGCCGUGGGCACGCCCUUCGGCCUGGCUGCUGGCACGACUGGCGGCGGUAGCGCUACCGCUCAGACUCCAAGCUCCAACGCAGAGCUAGCGUCUUGGUUGAGCGACAGUACUGCUCGCGUCAUUGUCCUAACGUCCGUUUAUGACUUCACAAAUGACGAUGGGACCACUACUGGUACUGCUUGCAAACCUUGGACAUGCUCUCCUAAUCCCCAACUGGCCAUCGACGCCAACAUGACUUACGAUGUCGCCGGAACAAAUCCCCUCAAGGUCGGCAGCAACAAGACGCUCCUCGGUAAAGGUAGCAACGCCGGAAUCAAGGGAAAAGGCCUGAAGAUUACCGGCGGAAAGAACAUCAUCAUUCAGAAUAUCAAGAUCACGGAUAUUAAUGCUCAAUUUGUUUGGGUCGGGGAUGCCCUUCAAAUUGAUGGAGGUAGCAAUAUCUGGAUUGACCACAACUACUUCCAACAUAUCGGCAGGCAGAUGGUCGUGACUGGUUAUGGCGCCGUCACUAAAACUACUUUCUCCAACAACGUCUUCAAUGGAGAGGGGACGUACUCGGCCACAUGUAACGGAGAACACUAUUGGGCUGCUCUCUUCACAGGUGCCGGCGACCAAAUCACUCUGGCCCAGAACUACUUUUACAAGACCAGUGGUCGUGGACCCCACGUCGGCGGCACAAGCGGCUAUUACCAGGACGUCCACAUCUACAACAACUACUUCGUUUCUGUUGAUGGUCAUGCCAUCGACCCUCAAGUUGGAUCAAAGGUUCUCGUUGAGGGCAAUUACUUCAAUACCGUGACUACUCCGCUUCUCAGUGAUGCUGGGCAAGCUUUCGCGCCAACCACUUCCACGCAAGCGGCCAGUUGCUCCUCACUUUUAGGGCGCAACUGUGUAAUCAACACUCUACUCUCGUCUGGGUCGUUAGCGACGGGAACAGAUACCAGCACUCUGAACGAUUUCACUGCCUCUACGUACAAGUCUACUACGCCCAUGUCAGCUUCGGAUGCGGCUACCUAUGUCCAGGCGAAUGCGGGAGUCGGCAUCAUCAAUUGA